ACGACGACGACUGUAAAAGGAAGCUUGUGUUUAUUAGUGUGUUCAAUCUUUCUGGCCGUGCUUGCGUUGCUCUUGUCGCUCUUUGGUUUGCUGCGUAUUAUACCAUCAAUACUUUUGUGUGUUCUCCUUAUUUGACAGCAUAACUGCCACCACCACCACCACCACCACCACCAUCAUCAUCAUCGCCUUCAUCAUCAUCCUCAAUUACAACAACAACCACAACAACACCGUAGAUCAAACAAAAUGUCCAACCCAGGAGAUCCCGGCUGGAAAUGGUUCCCCAACGACAAAGACUCGUGGCGUCUCGAUGUCGUCUCCCUGCUCGCAGUCAUUGGCGAAUCCGCCAUCGGCGAACACUCACAAACCAUCACCGCCUCGAUGCUCUGCAUGCUGCCCCGUCUCCUGCCCGCGCCCCAGGCCCUUCUGAAGCCGUCCCGCCCCACGCGUUUGCCCGAGACGCACGCCAAGAUGGCCGGUGUGGAGAGCGGCACGGUCCUCGACUCGGUGGGAUUCUUCGCCAACAUCAUCCUGCCCCUGGAGGACAUGGCGCCCUACGACUUCGUCGAGCUGGACAUUCGACACGCGCCAGAUGCGCUGCCCGUCGAGGCUGUAAAUCAGCCCCAUCACGGCCGUGGCUUUAUUGCCCGGUGCAUGUCGUGGGUUCGCAGGGCCGAGCCCUUUGCCGAGGGUCUUUCCGCCAGUGAGGAAAAGGAGAGCGAUGCCGAGCAUCGAGGAAUCACGUCGUCGACUGACCGAGAUGUCGAGGAGGGCCGCCACCUGUCUGCGAGACACCACACGGACUCCAAAGUGCACUUUGACUCCAGCGCUGCCAAUGGGCACGACCAUCACGGCGUCCAUCCUGGAAUAGUACGCCGACGAACCAACACCGAGGUGGUGCAAGACCUGCUCUCGGCCAGAACCAUCGCCAUCAAGGGCAGGCGGCCCAUCGUUCCACCAAAGCUCUUCUCCCCCCUCCACAUCCUGUCUGCCUUCUCGUGCCUCCUCAGCAUCGGCAUCCUCAUCGCCGCCAUUUUCUGGCAAGACGGCACGGCCAUCCUCGCCAUCGUCCUCGUCUCCUUUGUGUCCACCGUCAUCGGCUACGCUUCCUCCUGGCGGCCCAUUCUCAUGCAGCGCCGCCACAAUAACAAGGUGCCCAGCGGCGACGUCAUGAUCCGGACCCGCGAGGGAGCCUUUGUCCUGGUUCGCUGCUCCGAGGACGUGGCUCGCGAGCUCUACUCCGGCACCGAAGAGUGCGACUACUACGUCGGCGAGAAGGUGUACAGGCUGUGCAUGGCGCUCGGCACCAUCCUUCUCAUGUUUGGCGUCGUGCUGCUCGGCAACUGCACCUGGAACUCGCAGAUCUUCAUCGGCGGGUCGUACAUCAUCCUCAACGGCCUGUACUGGGGCCUCGGCAUGCUGCCCCUAAAGUACUUUUGGGAUCUCUCGCGCUACACCUGCAAAAACGUCACAAAGAAGGACAGCCAGAAGGCGCACGGCGUCACCAACGAAAAGGACGAGCGCGAGGGAUACCCCAGCUUCACGCGCACCUUGUGGUACGCCAUACGCGAGACAAAGACCAUAGGAUGGGUCGAGCGCAGCGGUGCCGCGCCCGGAACGCCCCAGUGGAAGCAGUGGCUGAGCGAGGCGCUGGAGAAUGCAAAGGCCGGGAAUCGUGACUGGCCGGCCGUGAAGAGGAAGAAUGAGAUUAUGUCUGGGGCGACUGAUCCGGCGGAGCAGAAGGCGCCGGUGGUUGAAGUGCAAGGUGCGCAUGCAAAUGCGGGACCCAAUGGCUCGACAUUUUGAAGAGGAGGGAAUUCUUUGAGUGAGGAUUGUGAUGGGAUAUCGCCCUUUUUCUUCUUCACAAUCUUACGAUUGAUUUGAGUUUUUACGACUCCAUUUCUGCUCUUUUCCUCUUUUUCAGGUUCAUAAAAGGUCGUGCUUGAGUGGCAUAGCGAUGGAUUAUAUGCAAGAGCGUGGAAUUACAUAAACAAAGGUUUUUGAUUGGAUAUUUACGGGAUAUAUAAUGAUUUGAUAGAUACCACCUUGUUUAUUGGCAAGGAUUCAAGUUUUGAGCAUGGAUAACAAGACACUUGUACGAUUUGCAUACGUUCAGAUUGAGCAAGCGAGCAAACUAAGCUGAUAUAAAGACACAUUUUUAAUAUUACACAUUAUCACAAUGGAAAA